GAAAUAUAUUUAGUGGCGUGAUACGUACAGCAGCCAAAUUCGAAAUGUCAAAAUUGUGAAUUUACAAUCACAACUAAAUGCUAAAUGCUAGCAGCUUAUAUGCAUUAGCGAAGAAUAUCUGAUGAUGCACAACAAGCAAAAAAGAUCAAGUCCCGACAAAUUGAAAACCACCAACCAAGAAGAAGUGAAAGUGAAAGCCGCUGUUUCAAUGCUAGAAACUUUUCCUCAUAUUCUGGAAAUUUUCCUUUCUUCAGAAAACCAACAGAAAUUGGAUGUUUAUCUUUAGAUGCAAAUCGUACAUUUUACAAUGACGCGAGACAGCUGCGAUUUUACAAAGAACCAGAUCAUAUACACUUUGAUCUCACCAAAGGCUUUGACUCAUUUAUACAGAGGGAUCCAGAGCAGGCUGCGACUGAAUACAUUAACGAUAUUCUCUACUGGAUAAUGCAUAAUUUUAAUAAGUUUGAAAUAUGUGAUAAAGAAACCACAAGUUUGAACACAGAUUUUGUCUGCUGGCGAGGCCUCCUAACAAAAAUAUUGACAACACCAUUUGAGAGUAAGGAUGAUUGGUGGAUAGGUGUUAGCCUUUUUAAUGGGACAUAUUAUCUCCGCGAGGUAGAAACUCCACGCAAGAAAUCUGAAAAGGAAAAUAUGUCUCGGCGCCAUGAAGAAAUGAGCUAUUGGGGCUACAAGUUUGAACAGUAUAUGACUACAGAUACUGUUGAUGGUAUAGCAGACACUAGAAGACCUGUAGAUUGCAAUGAAGCGUAUUGUACUGUUGUAAGAGGACGCCUUAGGGGACAUUCUUUAGUUUAUUCUGGUGAGACUGAUUGUUGUAUUAAACACCCUGAUGGCCGUCAGGAAUAUGUUGAACUGAAGACAUCAAGGGAAAUAUACAAACCCAACCAGGAAAGAAAUUUUAAGAGAUUCAAACUUUUAAAAUGGUGGCUUCAAUCCUUUUUACCAGGAGUUCCCAAGAUUAUUGCUGGUUUCAGAGACGAUGAUGGAAUUGUACAUAGAAUUCAGACCUAUAAAACAGAAGACAUUCCAAAACUUGUUAAGGGUGAAAGAGAUAUGUGGGAUGCGGCCACUUGCUUUAAUUUCUGUGAUGCCUUUCUUUCUCACAUAAAGAGAGUUGUCACUAUAGAUGACCCCAGGAGAGUUGUAUUGUUCAAAUGGGCUCCUCGUUAUGACAUCACAUGUAUGUGGGAGGAUACAGAGCAAUAUAGGUUCCUGCCGGAUUGGUAUAUAGACUGGAUGAACAAAAAGAUGAAACAAUCCAUGUGAUUGAACUGUGGAGACACUUGAACCAGAUUUGAAAAAAUGUGAAUUUGGAGAUUCGAUAUAGUGGACGCUAUUACACAAUUAUCAAACUUCAUGACUUCUGUUUUUCUAUUUCAAAUGAUAUAGAUCAAGGUUUUUCUCAGACUUGGUUGUCAAAAUUGAAUAAUGAACAAAUCAUCAUGCUAGUUUCCGAUACAUGCUGAAAAUUUAUCUGGCUCAAACAGAAACUAACUGGCUCCAGGGCACAGUCCUUUGGCUGGUGCUAUUUUGAUGUCUGAUACUAAGGUGGAGGUUGAUGGGUCCUGGCAAUGGGAUAGUGUUAUUUUAGUUCAUACAGUUACUUUGUAGAUUUAUGGGAUUCAAAGGGUCAAGGGUCAUUCAUGACGUACCAAAGUUGUUCAAGCCUGUCAGAAUGUGCUUGCUGUUUGAUAAAC